AUGCUCGUCAAGUCUCUUGCCUCUCUUGCCCUCGCGCUGCCUGCGGCAGCGCACAUGUCUCUCUGGCACCCGUCCAUGUACGGGUUCUCAGACGGCUACACCCCCGUUACUCCCCUCGUGCGCAUGAACUUUAACCAGUGGUGGUUCCACGGCGCGAUCAAUGAUCCUCCUGCUGCUGGACAGUUUGCCGACCUGCCUGCAGGUGGCGCUUGGAACGCCCAGGUGGGCUGCUCCAAGGACGUCACCACGUACGGUGGCCGCCAGAACCAGAACCUCGCCUGUGACAGCCUCGGUGCUCUCCACCUCUGGCAGGACGACCCGAACGACGUCAAGGGCUGCUCAGUUGCGAUUGCCUACGAGUCCGACGUUACCAAGCUCCAGCCCGAGGACUUUACCGUUAUCUCUGUCGCCGCCGACUGCCCUUACAAGCGUGACGUGGCGUUCCAGGUGCCCGCCGAGCUCCCCGAGUGCCCUCCCGGAGGCUGCCACUGCCUGUGGUCGUGGACUCACAGCCCCAUGGGCGGUGCCGAGGAGAUCUUCCAGACUGGCUUCAGGUGCCGCGUCACGGGAGCCAAGGCCGGUGCCAAGCCUCUCCCCGCAUCCAAGCCACCCGUCAAGUGCCCCAACGGUGGCUGUGUUGUCGGCGCAAAGCAGCCCAUUUACUGGAUGCAGAACGAGGGUAACAACAUUGACAACUCGCCGAGCGACCCGCCCUACUACAACCAGGACUACGGCUUCUUUGACGGCGCCCAGAACGACAUCUGGGGCGGCGAUGGCGUCGUUCCUCCCCGCACUACCACCAGGGUUAUCUCCGCCGCUGCCCCUACCGGCGGUUCGUCGUCGAACGGCGGCGGUGGCGGAGGUGGCUCGUCCAACGGCGGCAGCAGCAAGGGCGGCAACGGCAACAGCGGUAACAACUGGAACGCUGGCAGCAACAACAACGGCGGCUGGAACGGCGGCAACAGCAACAACAACGGCGCCAGCAACAGCAACAACGGCGGCGGCAGCUCUCACCAUGGCAGCACGCACGGCGGCAACAGCUGGAACGACAACACCAGCUGGGACAACAACAACAGCAACCUGAACGCCAACCCUGUGCCCCAGCCUGAGACCAAGCCGGAGACCAAGCAGCCAGAGACCCAGCAGCCGGAGACCAAGCAGCCGGAGACCAAGCAGCCCGAGACCAAGCCCGACACCUCGAACAACAACAACAGCUGGCAGGACCAGAACAACGACAACGGCGAUGAUGACUCCAAGUACUGGACCGACGAGGAAUCCAACUACAACAACUGGCACCACGGCGGCAACGGCCACAAGAGCAAGAGCAAGACGUCCAAGUCGGUUGCGCCGACCCCGACCGAGGCCGCUCCCACCGCCUGGAGCGCCGCCCCGACCACUUCUGCUUCGGCUUCUUCCUCGCCGUCGUCCGAUUCGUCGUCGGAUUCGUCGUCGUCGACCACCACGACCACCGGCGGCAAGCCCACCCCUACCGAGGACAACAACAGCGCCGACCCGACCACCACCUCGUCGGCAGCGUACGGCGGCAGCUCGUCCACCGCCGGCCCUGACAAGGCUAACAACGCGGCCGCUGGCGACCACACGCCCGAGGCCCAGGUCGGCACCGCUCUCUUCCAGGAGGCUGCCGCUGCGCCCACGGCCGCGCCGACCGCUGCCCCGUCGUCCGACCCCAAGCCCGCUGCCGGUGCGGAGGAGGCUGCGCCUUCCCCCGCCGACGAGCACAAGGACCGUCCCGAGCCGAGCUCUGGCGGCCACUGGGUCUGGGAGGCCGACAAGGCCGACGACUCCAAGUCUGGCGCCGACGGCAAGAAGGGUGCCAGUGGCAAGCAGGGAGGCCAGGAGGACUCGGCCUCCUCUGGGUCCGGCUCUAGCUCCGACUCUGCCUCCUCUGAGUCCGACUCUGGCUCCGACUCUCCCUCGGACGGCUCGGCCGUGCCCAAGCGCAAGCGCGGAGCCCUCCCCCAGUCUGGCCUCCGCUCGCGCGCCCGCGCCGUGCAGCUCGCCCCGCGCUUCUGGUAA